AUGGCGAAGAUUUACAAGGAUACCAGGGUCGAUCUCCGACCAUUUUCGCCUACCACAGUCGCCAAUAUCCACGUUUCCCCCGAGAGCGCGGUUCGACGGACACGCUUUUCGAUCUCAUCCACACCAGAUCACGAACCCCCCAUCGCGAAAGACGAAGACGAAUUCUCGAAACGCUACCUCGCGACACAAGGCACGGUCUAUUUCCGCAAGCGCAAGUCUUACCCGAGAACGUUUGUGUGGAGGGUUGUCAAUGACAACAAGGUGUUGGAGAUUCAAUGCGCGGAUCUCACCAAGGCUGGCUCAGAGCAAUUUGAAUACAAUGUUACUCUCCGAUUGAACUUCCCGGAUGAGAUUCUCCCGUCGUGUGUUACCCUGGCGGAUCAUGAGGACCACGAAAUUCUCAGCGUGUUUGUGAUUACGGCCUCGAAACAACUGCACACAUUCUCGCUCCGCCCGGAGUUCUUCAGAAGACCCGAAUCGAUUGACGACAACGUAUCCGACUGGUGCAAAACAUGUGAUCCUGCGCCUCUUUCCUUUUCUCACCCCCACCGACUUCAUGCCAGCAGUCCGCUCGAACUGUUCAUCUCUCUCGACAACGGUGCCCUCUUGCGAUUGACUCGCAGAGCUGGAGAUGAUGGCUCACAUUGGACCCCGUUGACUUUCGACGAACGAACUUGGGGCGCCUCGAUCCGCGGUCUAGUGAAAUGGAAUCUACCCUCCUCGCUUCGAUACAAGGAACGAAACCGGGACCGAAGCCUUGAUUUAAAUACCGCCAACGCCAUUGCCACGACAUCUGAUGAGACAUACGUCUUCGCUGUUUGCCUGAACCACACAUUGAAGAUCUGGAAUCUGGCGACGAAUAAGUUGGUCGCGACAAAGGAUCUCUUGGGCCAUGCAAUUGAUCCUGAUGUUCAACCGCAAACCUUGAACCCUGCCGAGACCUCUUUCAUUCGGGUCUUUAAUGCUGAGAGGGCCAUGGAUGGAAACCAUCGCUAUUAUGUGGUGACAUACUCUCCAUUUGACGAGGGACGGUUCAAGUUCUGGGCUGUUAAAGGAGGCCUCACAUCUGAUUUGGUUAUCGAAGAUCUCUAUGCAGAUGAAGCUUUCAAGCCAGUGGAUCCCGAUGUAACGGGCAAUAUGUUCUGGAGCAUCGCCGACUUCCAGGUCAAGUCCAUGGAUGAAGGCAAGGGAAUGGAGCUGUGGGUUCUCUGGAGAAAUCACGGUCUCUAUCAGCUAUACACUCUUCAUUUUGAUCUCCAGACCUUGGUGACCGACUGGGCAAGCAAUUGGGUCUCAACAACAUUCGAGGCAUAUCGACAGGAGCCACUGCCUGCUCCGACAUUGGACGAUGUAGUGGAUCCAACAGAACGAUGGCUGGAAUAUCUUCUACACCCGAAUCGCUAUCUGCCAGAGGUUCUCCAGACUGCUUUGGCGAUUUACCAGGAAGCCCUAAAACCUUUGUCAUCUACCUCGGCUGUGGUUCUAAAGAAGGAUGUCUCGUUGGCAGAAAGACUUUGCUCCACUAUCACAGCCACGGUUUCCCUGCGUAAAUACUCUGAAGAUGAGAUGGGGUACAGUCGGUACCGAACGGACACAGAUGCAAAGUGGCGCCAGUUCUGGCAGGUUGCGGACGACUUAAACAAGCGCAGAUUCGAGCCGGUGUCUCUCGCCUACGAUUCCUACUUUGAAAUGCCCUGGCUUCUUCUCUCCGAUGCUUGUGCUGUGGUUCGGGAAUGCAAUACAACGGAAUUACUCGUGCAUAACUCCGGCUCUGAACUUGCCGAGGAAAAGCCUAAGAUCGCCGAUCGAUGGAGGCACCGAAAUCUGAGUGCUGAGCUUGGGACUUUGUACGAGCAAGCAUCAUCGCUGGUGAAGGUCGCUUCGGACUUCCGGAAGCGAUUCUCUGCAGAGCUUGACGCUGCUUGCCGGGCCGCUCUUGAUAUUGAGAUCUAUAAUGAGCCAUCGUCAUCAAUCACCGACCGCAUGGAUUCAUUCCGUGAGCGCUGCGAGUUUGCGGAUCGAAUUUCCAACAAGACAUUCGACGGCCUAGUUGCAGCUUUGAACGAAAACUUGGAUGCCGAGAACUUACCUGGGGACGCUUUCUAUGCCGUCAUUGAAACUGUCCCCCUUGGGUUCAAUGGAAAAGACUCGGAACUUCUCUCAACCUCCUUUGGUGCGCGAGUUCUUGUCAGUGGUUCCCUUGAGACAAUUCUUCUGAACCGUCGGAUCCUUUACGAUAUGUUAAUCUUGGUUUCAUUUGUGGAUGGCGAAAUCGAACAGGGCGGGCGCUCCAGCUUUGACGCUGCUGGCCUGUUCUCUGCCCUCGUUGACAUUCUCCGUGAAUAUGAAAUGAUGUACUGGUUGAGCUCGAAUGUCCGAAAACGCGCCGACCAGCCUGCAGACACUCGCGCGGACACUUCAAACCCAGUAUUUUCCUUAAAGGAUUCUAAAUUAAGGACCAAGAACCAAAGGACGGUGACUAUCCUCGAGGAUCUCUUUGUUACAGACAUCAAACCCCGCCAAGCAAUUGGAUUGCCACAGAGCUAUACAUUGACUCUGGGCAUUCGGGACGUCUUAGCCUGGGUCACCCGACCAGGCGAGGUGACAUACGCCAAUGCUUUGGCUUAUAUCCAAUGCGAUCUCAUUGCGAAGAAUGACAUUGACCUUGCAUGGGAUUUCCAUCGUUUCCAAGCAAGCACGUCCUGGGCUACUUAUGUUAAGGGACGCUUGCAUGUGGCGAUGUCGGAGUUUGAUACUGCCGCAAUUUACUUCCGGAAGGCAGCAUACCUGCUUUCUUGCGGCAAACCCCUAGGUAACCUUCAUGAAAUGUCCUCAACGCUCCUGGAUCUUGUUUCUGUGAAUUGCUUCCACAAUGGCAUCCCCAGAUACUACCAGCACAUUCUCUCUGUCUUCGAACGAGUGCGGUCCUUUUCACAUGUCGCUGACUUCGCCGGCCUGGCGCUGCAGGCCCUCGACUCCGAAGCAUGGGCUGAGCAGGACCCCGAGUACUCAAGUACGCGGACGGAUUUGCUUUCCCGGCUGUUCCACGCAUCUCUCAAGACCUGCCAGUUCGACCAGGCAUACUCUGCCUUGGCGCGAUACCAAGAUCUUGCGCUGCAGAGAUCCGCCCUCAGCUCACUUAUCUCCACUAUUCUUACCGUCUCCGGGCCUGGACCCACUGGUCUCAAGCAGAUCCUCCGCUUCCCUACCUCUCUCGUGCCCAAUAUUGCUUCUUACAUCGAUGAAGUCCUCGUCUCACUCGCUCACAAACAAAACACCUUCCACUCAUGGCUGGACAUUGACAGCAAUGAGGCUGAUAGCUUGCCCGACUACCACCGCAUUCUGCAAGCAUACCGCAUCGCCCGCAGCGACUACCGCGGCGCGGCGGAAAUUGCAUACCGCAAUGUCCAACGCCUCCGCCACGCCAGAGAUGCCCCCUCAUCCGCCAUUGCUCGCAAGGGCAAGAAGGAAGUCGAGGAAGCCGUGAUUCCAGAAGACGACCAAGAGAGCAAAGAGAUCCGCCAUGAGCUGUUGUCCCUGAUCAAUCUCUUGGCCUCAGUCGACAAGAGUGAAGCCUACAUACUCGUUGAGAUUGGGCCAUUGUCAUCUUCUGGUUCGAUUUCUGAUUCUUCACACACCCGUCGACCAAGCCAUCAAGCCGACAGUGACGGAAACGUCUUCAUGGACGAUGCGGAUAAUACGGGAUCGCCUGUCGCUUCCAAGACAAGAAGUCGUUCUACCAGCGUUGCCUCAUUUGUAUCCGGUGAUCGCAGAGGAAGCCGUUCUUCUAUCGGCGGUGGGCGCAAUGGUGUCUCAUUCAAACCUGCCACCGAAAGACCCCUAGAGCGUGUUAUCGUUACCCUUGAACACCUGCGUCGCGAAUACCAAUCCGAGCUGGAUCGCGUCAGCCGCAUCGAGCGUGGUGACUGGGAGUUCGGUCUAUUGGGGGAAGACGAGGAGACUGAUAACGAUGAAACGAUGGUCCUCUCAUAG